AUGCUACGGGAGUUGGAAAAGAUUCUAUAUCCCCCAACAAAAGACGAACAAAUCGUGAAUACCGCGCUGAUAGUAUUCCUGAAUGCUCUUACAAUCCACUUUUCUCUCUCCUUGGACUGGACCUUGCACCGAAAAUCAUUCACCGCGGCUUUUAAAGAUACUGUCUUUCAAGCAAGGAUGGACGGAUAUCUAGAUGAUUCCCAUGGAACGCCUAGUGAGAGCGCCCAAAUGGUCGCCUGGAUCAAAAGGGAUACCAAUCAGCCCAAGGACGUCACAAGAUGUAAGCGUCUUCAUAUAUCUCAAGACCGACAUGAGGUAUACGUGACAGUAGCUAAAUAUGAUGAGAGAUAUCUUAAUUACCUCGACAACACGCACCCUUCAAGUGAGAACGAUAACCGGCCCUUUCUAACCAUCCGCCAAUAUGGACCGUGGAAUACAUUAGAAAACUCGCACAUCCGCGAUCUGGGGCUGAUCCUUCUAGCAAUCAGCUUGCAAGCCGAUGACGAUCGCAAAGCGAACUUGCCUUGA